GCAGCCGCUAGUGUGCGGCGCCGGUCCCCGCCGUUCCCGCAUCGCGCACGGGUUCCCCACGGGCCGAGCCUUCUCGGCUACGGUCCAGGUUUUCUUUAUUUUCAUUUUUUGCAUGCAUUCAUUUUCUGUUCUAUCUCGUCCCUUUUAAGGCAGCGGCAACGGCGACAGCAGCGUAGGUGCGCGCGGGGAGGGGGCGGCCGGAGAAUGCGGCUCCCCGCUGCUGCUCAGCUCGGGUCGGAGCGUCAAGCAGACUCGCCAGUGAUGGUGUGCACAGAGGACGAACGGAGCCCUGUACGACUGCUUAGCACAGCUGAGCUGGUAGCUGUGCUUGCUGGUGGGCAGGCGUGAACUUCAGGGCCUCAGUGUCUCACUCCAAGAGGAAACAUGUCUAAAAAGGGCCGCAGCAAGGGGGAGAAGCCUGAGACGGAGACGGACUCUGUGCAGAUGGCUAAUGAAGAGCUGCGUGCCAAGCUGACCAACAUCCAGAUUGAGUUCCAGCAGGAGAAGAGCAAGGUGGGGAAGCUGCGGGAGCGUCUGCAGGAGGCCAAGCUGGAGCGCGAGCAGGAGCAGCGUCGCCACACGGCCUACAUCUCGGAACUCAAGGCCAAGCUGCACGAGGAGAAGACGAAGGAACUGCAGGCGCUGCGCGAGGCGCUCAUCCGGCAGCACGAGCAGGAGGCAGCGCGGACCGCCAAGAUCAAGGAAGGCGAGCUGCAGCGGCUGCAGGCCACGCUGAAUGUGCUGCGCGAUGGCGCCGCAGACAAAGUCAAGACUGCAUUGCUGGCCGACGCGCGCGAGGAGGCGCGCAGGACCUUUGAUGGCGAGCGCCAGCGGCUGCAGCAGGAGAUCCUGGAGCUGAAGGCAGCGCGCAAACAGGCGGAAGAGGCGCUCAGUAACUGCAUGCAGGCGGACAAGGCCAAAGCCGCCGACCUGCGCGCUGCGUACCAGGCGCACCAGGAUGAGGUGCACCGCAUCAAGCGGGAGUGCGAACGUGACAUCCGCAGACUGAUGGACGAGAUCAAAGGGAAGGAGCGGGUGAUCCUGGCCCUGGAGAAGGAGCUUGGUGUGCAAGCCGGGCAGACCCAGCGGCUGCUAUUACAGAAGGAGGCUCUGGAUGAGCAGCUGGUCCAGGUCAAGGAGGCAGAACGCCACCACAGCAGCCCCAAGAGGGAGCUUCCUCCUGGCAUUGGUGACAUGGCGGAGCUUAUGGGUGGCCAGAGGGACCAUGUUGAGAAUCUCUGCUGGCCUCCGUGGUGGAGCUUGGCCACCCUCGGAGCUGUGCAGCCUCCUGACCUGUGUCUGUGCGUGUUACAGCUGAAGCGCUCUCGGGAGACGGAGGUGCAGCUGAAGCCACUGGUGGAGAAGAACAAACGCAUGAACAAGAAGAAUGAGGAUCUGCUGCACAGCAUCCAGAGAAUGGAGGAGAAGCUCAAGAGCCUCACGAGGGAGAACGUGGAGAUGAAAGAAAAGCUGUCUGCCCAGGCCUCACUAAAGCGACACACGUCCCUGAAUGACCUCAGUCUGACCAGGGACGAGCAGGAGAUAGAGUUCCUGAGGCUGCAGGUGCUGGAACAGCAGCAUGUCAUCGAUGACCUCUCUCUGGAAAGAGAACGCCUGCUGCGCUCCAAGAGGCAUCGAGGGAAGAGCCUGAAGCCCCCCAAGAAGCAUGUUGUGGAGACAUUUUUUGGAUUUGAUGAGGAGUCCGUGGACUCUGAAACAUUGUCUGAGACGUCCUACAACACGGACAGGACAGACCGGACCCCAGCCACGCCGGAAGAGGACUUAGAUGAGACCACAAGCAGAGAAGAGGCCGACCUGAGGUUCUGCCAGCUGACCAGGGAGUACCAGGCUCUGCAGAGGGCGUAUGCCCUGCUUCAGGAGCAGGUUGGGGGGACGCUGGAUGCUGAGAGGGAGGCCCGGACUCGGGAGCAGCUUCAGGCUGACCUGCUGAGGUGCCAGGCCAAAAUCGAGGACUUAGAGAAGCUGCUGGUUGAGAAGGGACAGGACGCUGCGUGGGUAGAGGAGAAGCAGGUUCUCAUGAGGACAAACCAAGACCUGCUGGAGAAGAUUUACAGGUUGGAGAUGGAGGAGAACCAGCUAAAGAGUGAAAUGCAAGACGCCAAGGACCAGAACGAGCUGUUAGAAUUCAGAGUGCUAGAACUCGAAGAGAGAGAGCGGAGGUCGCCAGCCUUUAACCUCCAAAUCACCACCUUCCCCGAGAACAACAGCAGCGCCCUCCAGCUGUUCUGUCACCAGGAAGGAGUAAAGGGUGUGAAUAUCUCUGAACUUAUGAAGAACUUAGAUAUUCUUGGCGAUAACGGGAAUUUGAGAAAUGAAGAGCAGGUUGCAGUAAUCCAAGCGGGAACUGUGCUUGCCCUGUGUGAAAAGUGGCUGAAGCAGAUAGAGGGAACAGAGGCAGCCCUCACGCAGAAGAUGAUGGACCUGGAGAAGGAGAAGGACCAGUUCAGCAGGCAGAAAGGCUACCUGGAGCAGGAGUUGGACUACAGGAAAGAAGCCCUCGACCAGGCCUACCUGAAAAUCCAGGACCUGGAGGCCACCUUGUACAAUGCACUGCAGCAGGAGCCAGGGCGGAGGGCCAGUGAGGCGCUGAGCGCCAGCCAGCGUGAGGACCUCCAGGCAGCUGUAGAGAAGGUGCGCAGACAGCUGCUGCGUCAGAGCCGGGAGUUCGACAGCCAGAUCCUGCGGGAGCGAAUGGAGCUGCUACAGCAGGCCCAGCAGAAAAUCCGCGAGAUGGAGGGCAAGCUGGAGCUGCAGAGGCGCCAGCUGAAGGAGCUAGAGGAAAAGUUUUUGUUCCUUUUUCUAUUUUUCUCACUAGCAUUCAUUCUGUGGCCUUGACGACUCCCGUGCGCUGAGAACUCGGGCUAGACAAAGAGCUUUUGGAAUCACCUGAGUCCCCGUGGUGCCCCAUCCUCACUGAAACCAAUAUCCAACAGCGACAAAGCUUUUCAAAGUCCAGAGCCUGAACACAGAACUUAUGCACUUUUGAUAGUCACUUAAAGGGGAGGCCUGGGGAGCUGGCCAGCCUCUGUUCUGGAGUUUUGCGGGACAAUGGCGUGCCUCCCCAGUAUCCCCACUGUGACAUCCUCAGGAGCCAAGGGCAAAGGUGGAUCUGGAUGGCAGAAAUCAAUAAGUGCAAUUAGUGGAAGCCAGGGACAUGGGAGCUGCUACCUUGGGGGAUAGGCACAAGCCCUGUCCCCGUGCUGUGUGCCCCCCUGAAGGCACCAAGAGUGCCUAGAUGGACUCGGACAGCCCCUCUGCCCCGUGUACAUAAAUCUCCAUGGACUGAGUGUGUUCUUCUGGAGUCUGUCUGCCAGAGCGACCAACGAAUCCUCUGACUCCAUGCACAGCUGGACUUGCAGCCGGUGGCCAGCAAGAGAGAACUGGAGUCACCAAUGUGGGGACCCUGUGGAUUGUAGAUUUCUGAGGAAAGCUGAAGGCUUCUGGCAUUUGUAUAGGUGUGACACGGCAUAAGUCCCAGAGAGGAGUGAAGAUGGAGAAAACAGACCCAAGCUAUCUGUUGUCAUUUGUAGGGACAUCCUAAGAAGGCGCUCAGGCUGGUAGUGCAACACCCAGAGGCUCUGAGUUCUGAGGUCUGAGGCCAGGAGCACCCUUUACCAUAGAGAAAACUACCAUAGAGCCUUCACUGCCAGGAUCCUUGGUAGAGAGUGGAGUCAUCUCCUCAGGUGUUGGGGCCUCCCAGAGCACAGGGGGUAGGAUAAGGGGUAGUGCACCCUAAGUUCACUGGGAACUAGAUGCUAGAAGUUGACUUCCAGAGGAAAUUCCCCAAGAAGUAACUUUGGAUACUCCUGUCAAUCUAGGGCAGGUAGUGUGGGGCACCUCCAAGAGGAACCUGCCUAUAUGGCUAUACUCUUUCUAACUUGGGGUGGAGAGAAUGUUAGCCAUCAGAUUGACAGUGUGAAAAAAGGGUAGGACGUUGAGUCUGGGUGCAGGAGCGUGUGGUGCGUUGUGACGAGACAUGGCGGCAGCAGGCCAGAUGAAGCCUCUUGCUGUGGAGUUAUAGGACCAAGCGAGUGGCACUAUGGUUUCCUGGAAGCAAGAAGAAUGACUGGGGUUCAGAUCAGGCCCAUUGAUGGAACCAUGGAGCAGGGACCGGACACUGUAGGGAAGCCAGAUUCAAAGACAGAGAGGUGAGGACAGUACUCUGGAUGGAAGAGGGGCUGUCCAGACAGGGGGUCAUUCCAGCAGCUACGAAGUCUCCAGCUUGAAGCAAACAUAGCAGGAUGGCUCAGAAGAGUUGACUCUGCUGAAAUCUGAGUCCCCCAACACCUGUGACCCAUAAGCCUCUGCAACCUACCAAUAUCCAGUGGCUUAAUUAAAUCCCAAGGAAUCUCUUUGACAAGCAUCUGAGUUACUGAAUUGCAGGAGUGUGGGCAACAGUCAGGAAUAUGGAAAGCAUGCUUGCUUUAUCUGAUAGGAGACUUGGGGGCAUACGAUUCAACUGC